GAGCUAUACCAAAGAAGACGCCCUGCACUCUUCUGCGACUAGCUUUCAUUUCCUCUUCCACUCUCCUAAACCUUGAUAUUUGAUCUUGGUGUUUUCCGAUGGCUUUGAGCACCCAAAGAGCCUCCUCGUCAUCUCAUGCUUUGGCUGAGCCACCUCCCCGUUGGAAGUUCGACGUUUUCUUGAGUUUCAGAGGUCAAGACACGCGUUGGGGUUUCAUCUCCCAUUUAUACCACCAACUGGAGUUCUGCCAAUUAUUCAAAACUUUCAUCGACGAUCGAGAGCUUGAAAUAGGAUCUGAGAUCUCCCCGGAGCUAUUAAGCGAUAUCGAACAUUCUCAUCUCGCCAUCGUUGUUAUCUCACCCAACUAUGCUUCUUCCACUUGGUGCUUGGAUGAGCUUGCCAAGAUCAUCGAGUCUAUGAACCCCCGAGAUAAGAGAAUUCUGCCGGUUUUCCUUAAUGUGGAUCCGUCCGACGUUCGACAUCAAAGGAAUAGCUUUGCUGAAGCCUUUGCUAAGCAUGAAGUGAAGUUCAGUGACGACCCCAAGAAGGUGGAGAGUUGGAGACAUGCUUUGAGAAAAGUGGCCAAUCUAUCUGGAUGGGAUGCAAAGAAUUAUAAAUGUGAACGUGAGCUUACAGAUGUCAUUGUCAAGAGUGUGUGGGAGAAAUUACGUCCUACGAUCACAUUGUCUAAUUCCGAAGAAAAGUUAGUCGGAAUGGAUUUUAGACUUGGGCAAAUGGGUUUGCUUUUAACUCUUGAGGAAAAAGAUGUUCGAUUUAUAGGUAUAUGGGGUAUGGGUGGAGUGGGUAAGACCACCCUUGCUAAGCUAGUGUAUGAGAGAAUUUUCCAUGAUUUUGAAGUGGCUAAGUUUCUUGAUGUCAGGAAGUCUCAUGGUCAGCUGGUCAACCUUCAAAAACAGGUUCUUUUCCCAGUCCUGAAGGAAAAUGUUUCACAAGUUUUUAAUGACUACGAAGGAACCAUUUUCAUUAAAAGAUGUAUGCGUAAUAAGAAGGUUCUUCUUGUUGUUGAUGAUGUUGAUAGCUGUGACCACCUAAAACUAUUGGUUGGAGAUAAAUCUUGGUUCGGUGAGGGAAGCAGAAUCAUUGUUACAACUAGAGAUCAACGUCUCCUCACCGAGCAUCAUAUAGAAACAUCAUUUAAGCUAUCGGGGCUAAAUGACUGUGAAGCUCUUGAGCUAUUUUGUCAAAAUGCCUUCAAAAAAGAACUGCCUGAGGAAGGAUUUUCUGAGUUGUCCAAGUGUUUCAUAGAUUAUGUGGAAGGGCUUCCCUUAGCUCUUAAAAUCGGAACAGAAGCAAUCAAAGGCAUCCGCUUGAGCCUAUCAGAAUUAGAAGAGGCAGAUUCAAACUGGAAUUUUGAAUGCUUCUCUAAGAUGCUCAAACUUAUGUUUCUUGAAUUUGAUAAUUUAAUAGUUAGUUCAGGCCCCAAAUUCCUCCCAAAUUCUUUGAUAAUACUCAGAUGGAGUUGGUAUCCUUCCAAGUCUCUUCCAGCAUGUUUCAGACCAAAUUUACUUGCUGAACUUGAAAUGUCGAAUAGUCAACUCGUUGAGCUUUGGGAUGGAAGACUGGACUUGCCUAAAUUGAAAUGUAUGGAUCUUAAUGUCUCCAAAUAUUUGAAGAAGACCCCAGAUUUCACAGAGCUUCCCAAGUAA